UGUGCUUGAUCAUCAGACAGGAAGGGAAGUAUUAGAGAUUCUAAUUAAUAUCUCCAAAGUGAAGAAGAGAAAAAAAGGAGGACCUGUGAUAAUUGCCUAUGAUAAUUAAUUUCUUGGGAAACUAUAUUAUUGAGUGGAUAUUUCAAAGUAUUGAAUCUUGGAGAAAUGGCUUUCAUUCAUUUGGAUGUCAGACACCUCUACACCCUGAUUAUUUGCACAGCAUUUGGCUCUAUGCCUUCAAAUGCUGAGAUACAAGUUAAUCCUCCUCAGGAUUUUGAGAUAGUGGACCCUGGAUAUUUAGGUUAUCUCUCUUUGCAAUGGCAACCUCCACUGUUUCUGGAUAAUUUUAAGGAAUGCACAAUAGAAUAUGAGUUAAAAUACCGAAACAUUGAUAGCAAGCACUGGAAGACCAUCAUUACCAAGAAUCUACAUUACAAAGACGGGUUUGAUCUUAACAAAGCUAUUGAAGCAAAGAUACACACGCUUCUGCCAGCGCAAUGCACCAAUGGAUCAGAAGUUCGAAGUUCAUGGUCAGAAACUACUUAUUGGACAUCACCACGAGGAAAUCUGGAAACUAAAAUUCAGGAUAUGGACUGUGUAUAUUACAACUGGCAAUAUUUACUCUGCUCUUGGAAAUCUGGCAUGGGUGUCCAUUUUGAUACCAAUUACCAAUUGUUUUACUGGUAUGAGGGCUUGGACCAUGCAAUACAGUGCACUGAUUACAUCAAUGUUAAUGGAAAAAAUAUGGGAUGCAGGUUUCCCUAUUUGGAGUCAUCAGACUAUAAAGAUUUCUACAUCUGUGUUAAUGGAUCAUCAGAAUCCCAUCCUAUCAGACCCAGCUAUUUUAUUUUUCAGCUUCAAAAUAUAGUUAAACCUUUGCCACCAGACUACCUUAGUCUUACUGUGAAGAAUUCAGAGGAAAUUAACCUGAAAUGGAGCAUGCCUAAAGGACCCAUUCCAGCAAAGUGUUUCAUUUAUGAAAUUGAAUUCACAGAAGAUGAUACUACCUGGGUGACUACCACAGUUGGAAAUGAGAUACAAAUCACAAGAACAUCAAAUGAAAGCCAAAAAUUAUGCUUUUUGGUAAGAAGUAAAGUGAAUAUGUAUUGCUCAGAUGAUGGAAUCUGGAGUGAGUGGAGUGAUGAACAGUGCUGGAAAGGUGACAUAUGGAAGGAGACCUUAGUAUUUUUCUUGAUACCAUUUGCUUUUGUCUCAUUAUUUGUUUUGGUAAUAACUUGUCUGCUUUUGUAUAAGCAAAGGGCUUUACUGAAAAUGAUCUUUCAUACAAAAAAAGACGUCUUUUCUCAUCAAGAGACAUUCUGUUGACUCAUUAACUUUCAGUCUUAUGGCCAAAUGUUAAAUAUGAGUCUUAUUAAACUGAAGCUUUUCUCCAAAUAUUGAAUAAAUCUUAUUUUAAAA